AUGCCUCUUAGAAAAUAUAACAUUUAUAAAAAAGUACAUUUAUUUGACCAAGAAAAAACAAGAAUUGAGCAGUUCACACAUGAUAACACAGAAAGUAAAUAUUGUGUAUCUAAAAAUAUUAAACAUGAUAGCAUUGAAGAAAAUUAUUAUAAAAAUAAUUGUCCUAAAGCUGUUUCUUAUUUAGAUAAUUGGGAAACAGAUAUCCCAAUAACAGGUUUAGACACAUAUUGUAUAUACUUGUAUUACUGGAUAUAUGUGGAAGGUUUUAAAAAAUCAUAUAAUAAUUAUAUUAAAACGAUUUAUGAUGAAUUCCUGAAGGCAUAUGAAAAUUUGGAUACGAAAAUUUGUAAUGAUUAUAAGGAAAUAAUUACUGAUGAUAUAUUGGGGAAGCUGCAUGAUUUAUAUGAAAUGAAUUGUAAACUUAAUAAUCGAAAUAAUGAAUGUUUUAAUGCUGACAGGUGUGAGUCCGCUAAAGAAUGCUCAAGCAUAUAUAUGAAAUACGAAGAAGAAUGUGAAUUAAAUAAUCAUACCGAUUUUUGUAAAGAAUUAGAAGAAUUAAGAAAUCGAUAUAAUGAAAAAAUGGAAACAUUAAGUUGCCCUAAUUUUGAAUACCAAAUAUUACCUUCUUUUCAAACAUAUAAUAUAAAGGUUUUUAUUUUAAUGCCAUUUGUUAUGAUAUUAAUAAUAUCGAUUUUUUUAACUAUUUUGUAUAAGUUCACCUCAUGUGCCUCAUAUUUUCCUUAUAGAAGAAUAAGGAAAAAAAAUACCUACGAUAGUGUAAGGGAAGAAAAUAAUAUAUUUCAGUGUUCAAAAGUAACUGACACUAUAUCAGCAAAUAAGGAGUAUAUUAUUUUGUAUAAUUCUGAAUAUUAUUAA